UGGAUUACCAUUUUGAGUCAUCUUCACAAAAUUUCUCCGUCAAGAGACAAACUAUCAAUGGCGUCCAAAGUGAGCAGCUCCUCCAUUUUCCAAAGCCUGAAACGGUACAUCAAGAAGCCAUGGGAGAUAACCGGACCUUGCGCCGACCCAGAGUACAGGAGCGCUUUGCCCAAAGCCACGGAGUACCGUGUUCGUUGCCCGGCCACCACUUUGCAGAAGCCCAUCGUUCCCACAUCUGACCCCGAAACUGUCUUCGACAUCAAAUAUUACGCCCGCGAUCAACGCCGCAACCGCCCUCCGAUCCGCCGCACCAUCUUGAAAAAGGCAGAUGUGGAGAAAAUGAUGAAAGAGAAGACCUUCGAUGUCAACGAUUUCCCUAAGGUUUACUUGACGGCCAAAGUUGAAGAAGAUGAUAAUGCAAUUGGUGGAGGCUACCAGAAAUAGGCCUCUGGGGAACAUGUGGAAUUUUUUAAUGUGCCCCAGUUUUCUUUUGUCUUGCUCUCUUGUCGGCCUUUCGUGGAACAAAUGCAGGCUAUCUAAGCAUUAGCUGUGUCUUGAGACUCUUGAAAUUAAGGAGUGUGCAGUGUUCAACAUUAAUAAGGUUGUUUUCCUGGAUUUUGUUUAUUCCAUUAAUCGACAUGUUUGCUUGAAUGUAUAAAUCCAGAUGCAACUGCAGUGGGAUGAUGGACGAUGUGAUUGAUCGGUUCAAUCUUGUACAUUUUUCU